UCCUAAACACCCUCCCCCUCCUCUCUCUCUCUCUCUCUCUCUCUCUCUCUCAGAGCAAUACAAACUAAAAGAAAAACACAAAACACAUUAUAAACAAACAAAGCUCAAAGCUUCUCUCUUCUUCUUCUUCUUCAAAGAAUCAAAACAUGGGGUUUCCAGUGGGCUACACAGAGCUUUUCCUUCCAAAACUGUUUUUCCACACUCUUUCCUUUCUGGGUUUCAUCAGAAAAUUCAUCUCCUUCCUCUUCCGUUGUCUGGGUCUUCAAGAUUUCAUCGAACCCGACAAUGGCAGCUGGGCCGACCCGGGAACCCGAAUACCCGAAUUCCACUCCAUGUCUGCGUUGUUAAUACGGGAAAUCCUACCGGUGGUGAAGUUCUCGGAGCUUGUGGACCCACCCGAGAGCUGUGCGGUGUGUUUGUACGAGUUUGAAUCUGAGGAUGAGAUCCGACGGCUGACGAAUUGCCGUCACAUAUUCCACAGAGGGUGUCUGGACCGUUGGAUGGGUUACGAUCAGAGAACCUGUCCGCUUUGUAGAACGCCGUUUAUACCGGAAGAUAUGCAAGGCUCUUUCAAUGAGAGGCUUUGGGCUGCUUCUGGUAUUCCUGAUUUUUAUGGCGAAUAUUCUCAUAUUACUGGUUUGUAAUUUUAAUUUUUUUUUAGAUUUUAUAAAAGAAAAUUAUAAUUUUCUUUUUUUUCUUUUUCUUUUUUUUUUUUUUUGGGGGGUGGGAUGGGGGUUUAGAUUUUGAGUUUGGAAAAUUCCACAUGGCUUUGUGGUGUAAAUAUUGGCCAAAAACAAAAAAAAAAAGGGGGGUUUCACCACAAGAAAAUUGAGUCCGGUUACCGGAAUUAGAUUAUGAUUUUUGUACAGUUUUUUUUUAUCCGAAUUCACAAAAAAUGGAAAUAAGAAUUUCGAUCUUCUAUAUA